GCUAGACCUGUAGCAGCUGCAUGUUCUAGAUACAGCACCAUGGCCACGCCGUUCAAGAUUGAGAUUCUUCCCAAGGAUGCAGGGUUGUUGGGGAUGAAGCUUGGGAGUGAUGAGGCUUCAAAGGUUUCUGAGUUGUUGCAGAGGGAUCUCGAGCACCAUCAUGUCUUUUUCAAUGCAUCUGGAUUCCAUGAUCAUAUCGUUCAUCAUAUCCUCACCCUAUACGGCACUGGCGCUUCCGCCAAGGACAUGGACAUCGCCUACGACGCAAACAAAGGCUACCAGCUCAAAGCCAUGAAACCUAAGCAAGAAAUGGUCGACAACCUAGAACACGGCUCCGAUUGGGCAAAUUACCUCGGAAAAGGCCGCAACUACGCUGCAUUUUUGCGUUUCUUCCAGGACGAAAUCCAGAGAGUUGGCUGGCAGGAGGUUCUGAAUGAGUACCUCUUCAAGAACGACGACCGUGGGCGUGACAUGAAGAGUCGUUUGUUUGGAGGCCUGCUUCAUCCUCUUAUUCAAAUGCUAUACGCUAUUGAAUGGGAACAGCCCAUGCUCGUUGCUUCAGCUCUCGCACAAACGGCAGUCCACGAGAACAAGCUACACGACUUUCUCACCACCGCAGCAGCAAACGCAAAAGCUGACGAUGCACCCCCCAAGAUGAGCACUAUCCUUGGUCUCCUUGACGACAUCAAAAGCAACGAGAAGACUAGGAGCAGCGCUCGCUGGAAUGACUCGCAGCCCAUGUUUCAAGGUGUGCUUGGGCGUGCUAGGGAUGAGAUGGCUGUCCUAGCUACUAGAGUGAGGGUGAACGAGGAUGAAGUGGAGGAGAGGACAGCUGAGAUGGUGCAUACUGCUGCGUAUAUGGCUGCGGGGGCAGCCUUUCAUCCUCCUCACACGCCCAAGUUUGACUUUUUCCUCAUGCACCACGUCACAUCAACCCCCUUUUCCCUCUCCCUUAACGCCAAACCCUGGAUCCCAGCCUCCACCAAAGCACAGCUCCUAGAGUACAAGAUCCGUAUGGAUCUCCUGACCUACGCCGCCCGCGGUUGUCCAACCCUCCACGGUGACUUGCUCCGCGAGUACACCCCUAGAGACGGCAAGCUAGCGGACAAGAUGGAGGAUCUUCUCCCGCGGUUUCACAAGAUUGUGGAUGAUGGGCACACAGUCAAGUUGGCGAGGGCGCUGAUAUUGGCAAAGAGGACUACAGAGCUGUUUGAGGAUAAGGAGUGGGUGAAGAUCAAGGGGGAUGAGUGGUUGAGGGUGAUGCAUUUGUUACUGGAUGCGAAUGAGAAUGCUGGUGGGACUAUGUGGGUUAGGGGGGCUGGUUUUGACCAAGCUUGGGAUGGCAUUCCCAAGGCUAGGAUGUAG